AUGGAUAUUAACAUUGGAAUAGACAGCAAGCCACGAAUUCGACGAGGACGUCGUCGCUUCGCUGAUCGACUGGUGACAUUGGCCCGUGACCGUAGUGACGAUAUUAGCGACUCCACUGAUUCGAAUAUAACUCUAAACCUGCGCGUGAAGGAACGAGAAAAUAGCGGUAUUAGAAAAAGCCCAUUGGGAAACAUCUUCAAAGAUACAUCCACCACUACUAUUAAAGGUCUUUUCUGCAAAGAAUCCAGCCACGACUUGAAGGACACUAUCAAACGGCCUCUUACAGGGUUAUUUCGAAGGCCAACAUAUCGCUCAAAUUCCAAAUUUGGGUCAAAGAGUGAAAACAAGGCAGAAACAAACAUCGUUGCAUCCGAAGCUUCGAACUGUAGGAAUGAAAAUCUCAUUUCUCAGAGCCUGGAGGCACCUUGUUUGGAAGGGGUUUUGCAUGAUGUUGCUAAUGCUCCGGUCAUAAACAUCAAUCAGGUAUCAACCGUGUGUCAGUUCGAGUUUAUGAAUGCGAAAAAUGUUUCAUUAGCUAAAUUGGAUGAUAUAGAUUUAUCACUUCUGUCACGAUUUUUGUGUUUGGAAGAAGAAGUGAAUGAUGAGAAAGUAUCUUGGACAUGGGACUAUCUUUUUGGUAGUGUGAGUACAGAAAUGCGCGACGAAUGGACGCAGGAUGAGGAAUGUGAUGAUGGCGAUUACAAGGUGGAAAGCUAA